AUGUCUCCCAACAAGACCCAUAUUCUCAUAUCUUACAAAUCCGGCACCUUCCCAAAAAAUGGAAAUUUGCUCAUCGAGCUUCUGGACUACCUCGAACGUCACGGCUUGAUUAGCAACAGGCAUUAUGGUUUUCGGCACAAGCGAUCCACAUGGGACCUCCUAGCUUCAAUAUCCAUCGUAAUUGACGGAUUCUCCUCUUCAUCCCACAACGUCACUCCCUUCUACCGCUACACCAACGGGCUUUGCUCCUCAGAGCUCUCCUCCAUGAUGCCGCAGCGAAAUAUGCCUGCCAGACAGACUCGCCUGACUUUGGCCUCCCACCCUAACCUAACUUUAAAUGUGCGUGAAUUUUUAAAUAGACAAUUUAAUAAUCGUUGGAUCGGCCGUGGCGAUUCGGAACUCAUAUGGACUGAUAUUGAUUAAAUACUGUUAAUAAGUUGGAUACACAACGAAAAGCAAAUAAACUUGUGUAACCAACAAGAGAAGUGAUUCGUCAUGAAAUGGCGCCAUCAUGAGCAUACGUAAUUCUAUGUUAGGACAUAGAACUUUGCAAAACCGAGCAAUUUUUACGUCAAGGGACAUAAAUAAGGAGUUGUCAUAGCCAAGGCAACGUAACUGAAAUUUAUGGUCGGUUAUUGUUGUGGCCGUAUACCUAUAAAAUUCAGAAACCGACAUUUAAGGACGUACUUCGAGGCGAACUGAGGUUCAGAUCCAUCAGAUACAGAUAACCGAUUUUAGAUGGAAUUGGAUGAAGUGAAAUAUCACUAGGAAUAAAGGCACAUUUGGCAUAUCUGUGGACGGUUAUCAGGAAUGAUAUGAUGAUAUACUUCAAUGUUUCAAUUCAAAAACCUUGGAUGAGGGCAAUUGGUAAUUCUGCUAUUGCUGAAAUUGGAAAAAUUGAGUAUUCGACGUCAACUCCAGGUUCGUUUUAGCAG